UUAAGUGUAUAAGUGUAUAAUGAUAGAAUUUAAAACGAAAACUCCUAGCAUUAACUACGGUAAAAGCUUUAUUAUUUUACUAGCUGAGCCUAAACGCCCUUGUUGCUAAAGGUGGGGCCGGGUUUCCAGUUGUAGCUUUGCCAACGAUGGGGCGUUCAUUAUUAUUAGUAAAAUAGGUUAUUUGGGCGCAUUUUCUCUUUUCUAUUAGUAAGCUUGUCAAAUACCAAUGAUAGGGGCCUUGAUUAUCAUUAGGAACAUUUUUUUCCCUUUGUAUUAGUAAGAUUGUCAAAAGGCUUUCCGAUUGUUUGAUUGCAGGGGCAUCUAUACUAAGGGGCCUUGCAACAAGGACACAGCUGUUAGAAAAAAUCCCUUGGGACAGAAGAACGGGAAAGACGAAUCCGAUUCUUGGAUGUUGAUAUUUCAAUGGUUUUCAGCUCUUAUGUCCAAAAGAAGGUGUCUUUUCAGCCGAGGUUUGCAUGUAGGUAAGCAAUUCUCUUACCCAAGUAGUGAAGACAUUGUCUUCGGAGCAAUUUGCGUUAAUUUAAGACAUAGGAGAUGGAAAUUCAUGGAGCAAGUGUCUCUAAGUCUUACAAAUGCAUUAGUGAGUCGUGUUGUUCGCGAGUUUCAGAACUCACCUCGGUUAGCCUUGGAAUUUUACAAUUGGGUUGGGGAGAAAAAACGCUUUUCACACUCAUUGGAAUCCUGUUGUGCUCUAAUUCAUGUGUUGGUCAAGUCGAGGAGAUUCGAUGAUGCAUUAUCUCUAUUGGAGAAUUUAAUGCGUGUAAAUGGAAUGACCCCAUUGGAAGUUUUGGAUGGUUUGGUGGAUAGUUAUGAAUUCUGUGAUUCCUGUCCAGCAGUCUUUGAUGCAUUGGUUAGAGCUUGCACUAACUGUGGGUCUGUUGAGGGUGCUUACGCAGUCAUUAAGAAGUUGAGAAUGGAGAGUCAUUUUGUUUCCAUUCAUGCUUGGAAUAAUUUUUUGAGUCAUCUUUUGAAGUUUAAUGAAAUUGGUAGAUUCUGGAACAUGUAUAAGGAAAUGAUUUCUUAUGGGUAUAUCCAGAAUGUGAAUACUUUCAACUUGGUUGUAUAUGCUCUUUGUAAGGAAUGUAAAUUACUAGAAGCUAUUUCAAAAUUUUAUCAGAUGUUGAAGAGUGGGAUUUGGCCUAAUGUUGUUACUUUCAAUAUGAUAAUAGAUGGAGCUUGUAGGAUGCGUGAGAUAGAGCUUGCCUUGAAGCUAGUUGGGAAGAUGGGAGUAAUGUCAGGGAACUCUGUUUCACCCAACUCUGUAACUUACAAUACUAUCAUUAAUGGGUUUUGCAAAUUAGGGAAAGUUGCAUUUGUGGAAGAUAUUCUUAAUGACAUGGUUAAGGCAGUUGUUGAGCCCAAUGUAACGACCUAUGCAACCUUGAUAGAUGGUUAUGCACGGGGAGGGUGUUUGGAGGAAGCACUAAGACUAUGCAAUGAAAUGGUGGAAAGGGGCUUGAUGCCUAAUACCGUUGUUUAUAAUUCAAUCCUCCAUUGGCUUUACCUGGAAGGUGAUAUGGAGGGAGCUUCUUUAGUUUUAUCUGACAUGAUUGACAAGCAUGUAUUCCCUGAUCAAUUCACCUACUCCACUCUCAUAAAGGGGCUUUGCAGAAAUGGACAUGUGAUGCAAGCUUUUAAAUUUCAUAGCCGGUUUCUAGAAAAGAAUGUCAUUGAAGACACAUUCUCACACAAUAUUCUCAUCGAUUACCUUUGUAAAAGCAAUAAUUUAUCAGGAGCCAUGCAACUUUUAGGCAGCAUGUUUAUCCAUGGUUUAAUUCCUGACUUGGUCACAUAUGGUGCUUUAAUUGAUGGGUACUGCAAGGAAGGGAAGGUAGAAAAUGCUGUUCAGAUCUAUGAAAAAAUGGCAAAGGUGAAGAAAGAACCUAACAUGGUGAUAUAUAACUCUAUUCUUAAUGGAUUCUGCAAGGAGAUGUCAGUGGAUGUUGCGAGUCGGAUGACAGAUUCAUUAAAGAGUAUGGGUUUACCUGAUGCCAUAACAUAUAACACUCUCAUAAGUGGUUAUUGUGGCUGUGGUAAUAUUGAGGAGGCAUUUGCUUUAUUCUUGGAGAUGAAAAUGGAGAGGAGGUUAGUAAACAGAGUAACUUACAACACAUUGAUAAACUUUCUUUGCAAGCGUGGAUGCAUUCAACAAGCAAAAGAACUAAUGAAGAGAAUGGUUCUACAGGGCCUGCUUCCUGAUUUUAUAACAUACACAAUGCUCAUUACCUGUUCUGCUAAGAAUUGUAGUCCAGAUGAAGUGAUUGAAUUGCAUGACUACAUGGUGCUUAAAGGAGUGAUUCCUGACAAACAGACAUACCAGGCUAUUGUUGGCCCUCUUCUUGGGGAAGAAAAUGAGGAGACUAAAGUUUAGUUUUAAUAUUUUCUUAUGUUAGUUCAGUUGGCUUAAAAUUUUUCUUUCUUAUUCUUUAUUGUCAUCAGGUAAUGAAAAACUGAGAACCUUUUUCCUUAAUGAGAAAUUUAUACUUAUAAGGUUUCGCAUAUGAUGUGGCCAACUGUGCAUCUGUCACGCAAUAUGAUUGAAUAUGAUAAGUUGAUUUUGUAUGCGAUUGGAUGUAUUAU